AGGAACUCCUUUUGUGCUUCCAGGAGCGGAGAGCAGGGUGUGGGCAAAGGCUCUCAGUGUGUCACGUCUUCCCCGGAAUGGCAGCCACGGCGGCUGGGAAAACCUGGGUGUGUCCCGCUGUCGGUCUUGUGAUGUUCUGAGCGGCUUCCAGCGCCGCCGACGAGCCGAGCGCCCCGCCUGGCCCGUGUCGCAAGGGCGGCGAGGGGCUUGGCGCUCCGGCCAGGCGUCGCUUCCUUAUUGCCUCUCCCAGCACCUUCCUGGAAAAGCAAGCCAGAGUGGCAAGGACGUGCCGCUUAGAAAAGCUAGCGGUACAAAGGGAGAAUUUUGUGGGACAAUGGCUGAACGCACCUUCAUUGCCAUCAAGCCUGAUGGAGUUCAGCGGGGCUUGGUGGGAGAAAUUAUCAAGCGAUUUGAACAGAAGGGAUUCAAACUGGUCGCCAUGAAAUUUAUGCAGGCCUCUGAAGAUCUUCUCAGAGAACACUACAUUGACCUGAAGGACAGACCAUUCUACGCUGGUUUAGUUAAAUAUAUGAACUCUGGACCUGUUGUAGCCAUGGUGUGGGAAGGCCUUAAUGUAGUUAAGACUGGGAGAGUAAUGCUGGGAGAAACAAACCCUGCCGAUUCCAAACCUGGCACUAUUCGUGGAGACUUCUGUGUACAAGUUGGCAGAAAUAUAAUUCAUGGAAGCGACUCUCUAGAAAGCGCCGAGACGGAAAUUAACCUAUGGUUCUCUGCUGAAGAACUGGUUGACUACACAAGGUGUGAUCACUCAUGGAUCUAUGACUAAAAAAACUGAAUGGCUAGUUUCAGACUUAAUAAUGUGUUGUCCGAACUCUGCUUCCCUAACAAACCAUGUUUUGUUAACCAUAAGCAAUCUACAGUUGACAACCCCACAAGAAACCAUGGGUUCUCUUCCUGCGUAGUUGCGGUUCACAAACCAUGCUGUUAGUGCAGAUGGCAUCAGACAAGACAAUAAUCCGCAUUUGAACCACUCACAGUUCAGUGACAGCGCACACUUAAUCCAUUCUCAACACUCAAAUGUGGGUUGUUGUGUUGUCAGAAGCUAGCUAAUGUGUACCUUGUUUAUUAUCCCUUUGUUCUACUAUUGAUUUUGAAAGAGUCUCUACCUCUGUUAUCCUUUAGCGUUGUUCUUCCACUCCCACCAUGCACUUUCAUGUAUAUUUGUGGAAAUGUUUCAGGUAUGGUUUAAAACAUAGAUGAUGUUAUGUUUGUUGUUUUGAAGGAAAAAUAUUUAUUAAAUUGGAGAUUAUGUCAUUCAAAUUACAAAAAGUAAUGGGGUCAAGGAUGUGAAAGCACUUUUUAUCUGUUCUUAUUCAGCAGUUGUCAAGUACAUGUGCUUUAUCUUUAUUAUCUAAAUUGAUUGUACUCAGUGGAGUCAACCUAAUAUUUUAGGCUAAGCCUGUGCCUAUGUGUUGUUACUGGAUGCAAACUGCUCUCUUGGACACAGAAUGUUAUACAAGUGAUUAGGGAAAAAGAAGAUACUGCUUAACAUGGAUUAGU